GACCGAUAACAUGUCCUCCGGUUGAAGAAAGAGCUAGCAAGGAAGCAAACUGUUAAAUCUUACUCACGAAGUUAAAAGGCGGAAAUGUCGCUAAUGUUUGACACUCAAAACGCGCAGUGUAACAGCCAUUGUUGCUGCUGAAGUAGAUAUUUGGGGGAAUUUUUCACACUUUCGAAGGAAUGAGCGAUACUUAUCAAGGAAGUCGCCCAGCUGGCUAGCGAAAAAGUAGCUAGCUAGGCUGCUAGCAGUCGUUAGCAAGGGAGUUCUUUGUUUUGUUUUUCAGGUGGAGGUCCGUGUCAACAUGAAAAGAGUCUAGUGCUGACAUUUGCAUUGAUGUUUAAUGUUUAUAUAGGUGUUUUAAAAGUAUGCACACGUCAUUUCUUGUAGUAGUUAGUCGAAUUGUAAUUUAAUAGUUUCUACUGGGCUUAAAAAACAAAACUAACAUUAGCCACCGAGAUCAACUUUAGCUGCGAGGAUCUGUUAUUUGACGUCGGCCAGGACUGGACGGAAGACAAGGAAGAAAUGGGCAACUGUCUCAAGUCUCCGACAUCAGACGACAUCUCUCUGCUUCAUGAAUCCCAGUCAGACAGGGCGAGUUUCGGUGAUGGGAUAGAUCCAGAUCUGGAGCCUCCUCCUCCGUAUCAGGAACAGGCUCACAUGCCCAUGUACCAUCCCACGCCUAGUCAGGCCCGUCUGGCCACCCAGCUGACAGAGGAGGAGCAGAUCCGCAUUGCUCAGCGCAUCGGUCUCAUCCAGCACCUCCCUAAGGGUGUUUACGAUGGAGGGCAAGAUGGCUCAGAGAAAAAGAUCAGAGAAUGUGUGAUCUGUAUGCUGGACUUUGUAUACGGGGACCCCAUCCGAUUCUUGCCAUGUAUGCACAUCUACCACAUGGACUGUAUAGACGACUGGCUGAUGAGAUCCUUCACCUGCCCGUCCUGCAUGGAGCCCGUUGAUGCUGCCCUGCUCUCCACCUAUGAGACCAACUGAUGUUUUCACUCUUUCUCUGCUGGCUUAGAUCAAAUGCAGCCCCCACCCCCCCAAAAAAAAUAUACCACACACAGACACACACAAGCCCAACAACUGCCCUCUUACUGAUAGAGAGGACUUUAAAAAAUGUGUUUGCUGUUCUCUUGCACUUUUAAACAACCAAAAUUUAGUUAGCUCAUAUUGGCUUUCCAACCCUAAGUCUAAAUGAGCCGGUCUUUAACAUUAGUUACACAAAUCCAGACAACUCUGCAUGUUUGCAUUUGUGUGUGUUUGUUGUGCUGAAGCAGCGUCCUGUGUUGCUGCUGACGGUGAGCAUGAGAGAUGUGUAUUUGGGCUGUUUGAUGACUGUGCAUUUCCACUUGAGCCGGUCUCAGUGGUGUUUCUCUCAAACGGGCCCCAUUUCACCUCAUUAUCAGUUUGCUCUUGUUAUCAAAACGGAUAAUUAGGCGAACAGAUUGUUGACCAAAAUGCCACAAAAUGUUACUCCAAGAAAAGGAUUAAAUUAGAGGCAUUCUGUGACAACAGUAAGCAAAAGCUUGGUCGACAUAUUGAUCUCCUGCACAUGCUCCCUUGAUAAAUGGCCCAACACUUUAGGAGAUACAGAAGAUGAGGUUUACACUGUUGGUGUUGUAUAAUAGGCAUAAAUAGUUUUUUUAGUUAGUUAAGGUUGAAGAAUAAUUAUGCACAAACUUUACAGAAAUCAUCCAAAGUUGAAAAGUACACAAUGUCACCUGUAGAAAAUGAGGACUACAAAAAAUUCUGCCGCUAAAAAAAUGAUCAGACGUAAAAGAAAAUGCUUUGAGUUCAGGGGAGAAUGCUGAUAUCUUGAAUGUUUUACCUGAUGGUGUGUUAAGAAGCUGGCAGCCAAUGUAAAAGGGCUCAUUUGUGCAUGGGCAGGUGGAUCAGUCCUACAAAACUUAGAAACGCUUGCACACACUUUUCAUCUGAUCAAGAGAUUUGCACUUUACUUAUAGGACAGUAUCUAAACAAUAUAUUAAUAUAUGUACCUUAUAACCUUGCACUAUCAAUACUUCAUCCUCCUUUUGUUUUCUGAGAUGCAAAUGUUACAUAGCUGAAAAAGACAUUUUUGAAGCUGUCAGUAGUCACUUAUCACAUUGAAGUAAACCUGAAAAUGUUA